CAAAAAUUUCCACUCACUCUCAUCUACAGCAAAACCAAACCUCUCAACCAAAGCGCAGAGCACACCGUCGUUUCACGCCAGAAAGAAUGUCUUCCGGAGCCACAAAAUGCAGCAAGAUCCGCCACAUUGUGAAGCUUCGCCAGUUGCUGCGACGGUGGCGCAGCAAGGCCCGCAUGUCGUCAGCCAACCGCACACCGCCGGAUGUCCCUGCCGGACACGUGGCCAUCCGCGUCGGCCCCUACUGCACCAGAUACGUGAUGCCGGCGUCGUACCUGAACCACCCCGUGUUCAAGAAGCUUUUAGUACAAGCGGAGGAGGAGUACGGCUUCACCAACCAAGGCCCUUUGGCGAUCCCAUGCGACGAGUCGUUGUUCGAAGAGGUGGUCCGGUACAUUUCCCGAUCGGAGUCCGCCGGGUCGGCCAGGUUCGACAGGCACUGCCACGUUGACGUCAGGAGUAACUUCGACUUAUUGGCCGAUUCCCGACCGUUGCUUCGUGGGUUUUCCGAGAAGACAAUCUGGUAAAAAGAACCAGCUGCUUUCGUUGUUGGUAUGUUCUUUGGUUUCUGAAACGAAUAAGGAUUAUUGUAUACACGACAAGACAAACGCUGCAAUCGUCUCUGACCCGGGUGGUGACUCAAUCCGAGUUAUAACCCAUAUAGGUUGGGUUAUGGGGUUUUUUGCUUCCAUUUUUUAUUUUUAUUUUCGAAAUAUUGGGGCAUAUUGGGGUAGUGAGUUACUGAGGGCGAGUGACCGAGUUCAAACUCCGAAGAAUGCUAUGGAGAUGGCAAAAAGGGUGGGGAAUUACAUACACACCGAGUCGUCCCGGGUUCGAAUCGGAAUUGAGACGCAGCAGAGUUUGUGAUUUUUUUUGAAGAUGAAGAUCAAGCUAUAUAUUAUGAGUCUCUGAGGAACAAAGAGUCGCUGAUUAUUAGGGGUCUCUUUUCUUUUUAAACUUUUUGUAAAUUCUGUGAUUUAUUGAUUAAUCAAUGAAAGAAAUUGUAGAGGGUUC